UAAACUAAUAAUUACCUAAUUAAUAUCUACAGUAUUUACGUGAAAAUCAAAUAGCACUUAUUAAAGACAAAGUUUCAAAUGGAAGCAGCAACACUGGCGGAAGUCAGCUUAUUCAUAAUAAGCUAGUCGUGUAGUGAGUUGGUGAAACAAUCGAUAUUAACAUAAUCCACGACUAUUUUACUAAUAUACAAAUGAAAUGCACCGCCCACCCCUUUGGAAUUUCGAAAACAAUGUUUUACAAAGAAAAUAAAACUUGGCCUUGUGAAUGAAUCAAUCCUUUGUGCUCCAUUAUACACGUACUCACUUUGGACAUCAUAUGGAUCAUCAACAAUACACGCAAAAGACUUUCGACUACUACCAACCCCCGCUAUAUAAGUAUUUGUUUUCUUAAUUGCAGUAAUUAGAGAGAGGGCAACGACGUUAAAUUGAUCUCAUUCAUCCCAAUUGAAAUUUGAGACAGCAUUUGUAACAUACACAAUUUUAAAUAGAGGAGGAAGAAAUAAAUAACAUAGGAAAAAAAUUUAUUCACCAUUAAGAUGCCGUCGCUACGUCAAAAGGUCACAACGUAUUUCCGUCAAUUAAGCUUCAUUGCUGAGCCUCGCGAUAGUCCCAGAGGUGCACGUAAGGCUUCAGAUGAUGGAAAUUUUAUUGUCAAAUAUCUGGAAGGUAGAAUGGAUCGCCAGUUUGUGCCUGGUCCAGAAAUUUCAAAUGGACAAAAUCCAAAUGACUUGCCAGAUUUGAAAAUUGGUGUUUACGCAACUGGUCCCACCUCUAUAACUGCCGCCUGCACAGGUCCUGAUGAAGGACUCACCGGCAUCAAGCGUUCGAAAUUGCAUUUAAGUGCAAGUUAUGCAGACGAUAUCGAUUUCAUUGAUACUAAUCAAGAAAAUGAUUGCUUUGAGGUGCGUAGAAGUAUAAAUACCAGUACCAAUCGCAAUCAAAACAAAUUCAAUCGUUUUGGUGGUAUGUCACGAAAACUAAGUAAUAGUGCCAUUGCAACAACAAAUGAUCAAAAUGCAAACAAACCGUCAGGCAUUCGUUCACGUAAAAAUUCGCGUACUGGUAUUUCCAAUUUAAACAAACUUCAGAACAGCGCUAAUUCUGUAUGUUGUUCGAAAGAUUUAAAUAAACCAAUAACAUCUAGUACGACAACAAAUACGGCAACGGAAAUUAAGAAUCAUAUAGAAAAUUCUAGCAUAUCCACAACGAUUGUGGUUAGUAUGGUAAGCACAAAGUUUACCGCUAAUGAUGCAGCCAAUGAUCAGAACAACAAGAAUGUCUUGAAUUCAACUAUAAGUGAUGGUAUUACAAAAUCUUCUAUAGAUUCAGAAGCAAAGAACUUGGUCGAAAAAGAAAAGGAUACAACUCCAAAAGUUUUAUUAGAUAAUGCAACAGAACGUUUACUUCGUGAAGCGGUUUCAAAUCAGACUGAAGUAACUAGUUGUAAGGAAAUGAAUAACUUUAUCGGAGAUGCGAUAGCUGGUGUUACAGAUUGGCACAUGGAAACUGAUUAUGCAUAUGGUAUAUCUGUAUCCCUGUAUGAAAACAACAUGUUAACUAAAGAGCCUAUGGGUAGUCCAAUAGCUGAUUGUUAUGGUAUUGUUGUACGUGGGAAUGCAGCCGCAUUGGCGCUUGCUGACGGGGUCAAUUGGGGCGAUGGCGCACGAUUAGCGGCUCGAUCCGCAGUGCAUGGUUGCCUUGACUAUUUAGACCGUGCAAUAUUCGGACUGGCACGCGAAUGUAUGGCGACAUCCACCACGGAAGUGUUUGUUAGUCUUCUACGCAGUUUAUGGGAAGGUCAUGGUUGCAUUCUGGAAGUGGGUGGUUCACUCAGUACCCUCACAAUCGCCGUGAUUUUACCUUUAGCUGCUAACGGAAGCAGUGAUGUAUCUGACAAAUAUGUUGUAUGCGCUUGCAAUGUUGGUGAUUCAUUGGGAUAUGUAUAUUCGAAAAAAUAUGGCGUACGAGAAUUUACUCAAGCAUCACAUGAUAUAACAUCAAUGCGUGAUAUGCGUGACGCAUUGGGUGCACUUGGACCUGCUGAUGGCACCAACCCAGAACUUGGUAACUUGACAUUAUCCAUGACUGUUAUUGAGAAGGGUGAUAUUGUAUUUCUUACCUCGGACGGUAUAAGUGACAAUUUUGAUCCAGUUGUUGGCAAGUUUGCCGAAGCAUGGACACCUGAUGUUAAACUUAUGCCAAGCUCUACCACACACGGUCAACAACAUUUAGCACCAAAAAGACAAAAUAAAAGUGCAUCGUCAAUUUAUGCACGCAUUCACCAAAACGCACAUCACAACCAACCGAGGAACGAAACUGAAUCACUGCCGACGUCGCCAGCUAGUGCACCAGUGCGUCCACCACGCACCAAAAAGUCAUCUUCACCCGAAGCAGCUAGCGCAAGCGCCACAACUAAUGCACCUAGUCGACCAAAGUAUAUGCGUUCGCAUACUGUGAUAGAACCGAGGCGCUUAUCAGGAUCUGGGCAUGCCGCAGGAAGACAGCCACUUAAUGUCCCAGUCCAAUUACCAAAGAUACCCAAAUCGAUUUCUGGCCUACCUUUAGUAACCGGGCCACAGCGACAUGCACUCACACUCUAUCGGCUAGAAGAUCUACUGAGUUAUGGUAUAAAUGGUACUUUUUCGCCGUGUACAUCAGCUAGACGAUUGUGCCAUUUAUUAAUAGAUUUCGCUCGAAUGAUCACAUCAGCACGUCGAAAGACUUUGGAACAGCGUGAACUCUUUUAUAAAUUAGCGACAGGUCCGGAUGGUAUUAAACGGGAAGUCGAACUUAAUCGUAUGCAACAUCGUGUGGCUAGGAAACGUGUCGUUGAUAGUAGUGCAUUUGCGGCUCUGCCGGGAAAGUUGGAUCAUGCAACAGUAGUGGCUUAUACUGUAGGAAUUGUACGUAAUAAUUGUAUUAGUGAUGACAGUAGCAAAAGUGAGCAAUUGACCGCUUCUACUUCAACUGCGGCAGCCUUAUUGCAAUCAAAAAAUUUUAAUGAAACUAACUUUUAGAAACUCUGAAAAGAAAAAAAUCACACUUAAACAUCACAAAAUUUAUAUACAUAGUACAUAUACAUAUAAUAUAACAAUGCUUGUAGUAUGGCCUAAGGCAUAAAAUUUCACAACUGAAGGAAUUAAGCACAAUUGAAAUGAUAAGUAUUAUGUGACCUGUAGCUUUUUAAAGAAAAGAUCGUAUCGCGUAUUUUGUACCAACGCUUUAUAUACAAUACUAUACAUAUAGCCAUUACAUAUUAAACUUGACAAGAAUAUGAUCAUUUUCUGCAUGGUACCGAAUCCAAUUUUGCGCAAAAAUUGUCGUAAAACUAAUUGGUUGAAAAAGUAAAAAAAAAAAAAACAUAAAAAUGAUCCAUUAAAAAAAAUGUUAAAAAAUGUUUAAUUUUUAACGGCUUUAUGUAUAAUGUGCAUGUGGCUUGUUGCAAUUACCCGAGCUUCAAAUGCGGCCAAUUACUCUUAAAAAUUAUACAAAUACUCGAAUAAUUAACCUGAAGAACUACACUACAUGUUUUAAAAUACAAUGUUACUCAAAUAAUUUAAGCUAAGGCAGAGAGAAAUCCGAUAAGAAAUGGAUUGGUUUAUUUUCCACAGGAAUUAUAACCAGCAUAACCUUGCUGGUUUUUAAUAGUUCUAACAAACUAGUAAAUCUAUCAUCAGUGUUUUAUAUGUAUAUGCAUAUUUGUGUAUAUCGGCAUAUAUUUUGCACUACAAUUCAAAAUGCAAUUUUAAGCCUAAUAGUCUGUAGUCUGUGUAUUUACUUCUAGUGCCCAAUAAAGUCCGUUAUUUUCAAAACUCUGGAAGAGUGAUUCGAAUGAAAUUUACAACAUUAUGUAAUUACCUUUGAUAUAAGCCGAUAUUUUUUUAAUAAAGUACUGGAACAG